UGCGAGGGCCGACGCUGCGUCACCCCCUAAGCCCCGCCCCGAGAAGGGCCCUCUAAACGCGUUCUUCCGCCGGAAUCCUCCUCUUCUCACUUCCUCCGCCAUCGUGGUUCGGUGCCGUCGCCCGAUACCUCGCCAUGUCUUCUCACAAGACUUUCAGAAUCAAGCGAUUCCUUGCCAAGAAACAAAAGCAAAACCGUCCCAUUCCCCAAUGGAUUCGGAUGAAAACUGGUAACAAAAUCAGGUACAACUCUAAGAGAAGACAUUGGAGGAGAACCAAGCUGGGUCUAUAAGGAUUUGCACACUCCGCGAUUGAUUCUACCAAAAUGUCAGCACUGCAGAGGUUUCUGCAUGUUAAAUUGAAAUCCUAUUUUACUUUCUAUCGGUCUACAUGGAUGUGUUGAUCCAAAAAUAAAUGUAAAUCCUUUUGAA